CCAUUCCGGUCAAUAUGUGUACUACUUUAUGUGGCACAAAUUAUUUAAUUAAAGUAUUAUAAUUUUACUAAAAUUUACUAUUAACUUAAAGCGCAUAAUUAAAGGUUCACAAAAGAUUUACCAAUAAUAAAUACAAUCACAUCAAAAUGUCAUCAGUUAGCACACUAAUUAGGGAGGCUGUUGAAAUUUACAGGGGAGACUCAGCCGUUCCUACAUCGUUGGCAUCAGAUCCAGAGGUUAGACUACAACAAAUCGUGGAUCAGUUGACGGUUUCGCUAAAUGAUUUAAAGGAUGUUUCACACAACUUUUAUUCUGAGUUGAUGCAUGGUUUGAAAGCUCACAGGAGGCACAGAAACUUAUGGCUUCCAAAUGAGUGUUCAUUCAAAAUGUUGGACUCCUUUAUUCCUAAUAUUCCUACUGGCAAGGAGAAGGGUUCAUAUUUUGCUUUGGAUUUCGGAGGUUCAAAUUUCAGGGCUGUACGGAUUAUGAUUGAAGGUGAUGGGAAGAUGGAGCGUAAUCAAUCUACUUUCAGUUUACGUUAUUCCAGUGCACUUGGACCAAAGGGUCUUCUUGAUCAGAAGGCUACAGCAACUGAACUUUUUGACCAUUUUGCGAAGAAGAUUGAACAUGUGAUGAAGGAAUCAGGUGUUGAUCCUAACCCAUCUAAACCACACAAGGUUGGAUUUACAUUCUCAUUUCCUUGCACUAUGUUAUCACCAUGUAAUGCCAUUCUUUUGGAUUGGACUAAGGAUUUCGAGACUGGCAGGGCUACAAAUGAUCAGGUUGAAGGAAAGGAUGUUGCAAUAUUGAUGAAUCAAGCAUUCAAGAGAAAUAAUAUGAAUGCCGAGGUUUCAAUUGUUUUGAAUGACACCGUGGGAACGUUGUUAUCGUGUGCUUAUCAGAAACCCAAGGAUUAUCCUCCAUGUAGAGUUGGUGUAAUUUUGGGAACCGGUUUUAAUAUUUGUUAUGAGGAGGAUGAAUAUGAAAGGUUUGGAUAUGUUGGAAGAGUUAUCAACAUUGAAUGCGGAAAUUUUGAUAAUGAAUUACCCCAAACGCCAGUAGAUUACGAAAUUGACUUUUAUACUUCCAAUCGCGGUCGUGGUAAGCUUGAGAAGCUGGUUGCUGGAGCAUAUCUUGGGGAGAUCAUUAGGAGGUUCAUGAUUCUAUACCUCAGAGAACAAGCCCCUCCAAAGAUGUGGGAAAUAGGUACAUUCACUUCCGUUGACGCCAGUGAGAUUCUGAACGACAACUCAGAGGAUUUGGUUAUAUCAAAACAGGUUGCCAAGAGAUCAUGGGAUGUGGAAUUACCAAAGGAGUCCUUGAUAGCUCUCAGGAAGAUCUCUGAGGCUGCUUUCGGAAGGUCUGCUGGAUUUGCAGCAGCUUCCAUUUGUGCUACAGCCAGGAAGGCUAAGGCGUAUGUCACAUCUAAAACAACUGUUGCCAUUGAUGGAUCACUUUAUGUUAAAAAUGAAUGGUAUAGGAAUAAAUUGCAGUACUAUAUUGACAAUGUAACAAGACCGGAUCUUGUUGGAAAUGUAGUUUUACUAUCAUCCGAUGAUGGUUCAGGAAAAGGAGCAGCAAUAGCUGCGGCAAUGUUUGAUUAAUAUUAAUUUUACCUGACACCCUAUAAUUUGUAUUACACUUGUACUUAUUUUAAUUAAUUUUUAUUAUGCCC